AUGUCAGGCAUACAACCAAGCCAACGAAAAUUACAGAGCGUACGCGAAUUCCCAACGCCGAGAGGUGCCCGGGACGUGCGUAGUUUCCUGGUGUUAGCCAGUUAUUUUCGGCGAUUCGUUAAAAAUUUUGCGGUUAUCGCGAAUCCGUUAACCAACUUACUCCGCAAGGACGCGAAAUUUUCCUGGGAUGAUAAGCAAAACGGGGCUCUUGAACUAAUCAAGACCGCAUUGACGUCGAAACCGCUCUUAGCGAUAUAUGAUCACGGCGCGGAGACAGAGAUCCAUACGGAUGCCUGUACGUUAGGCUUAGGAGCAGCGUUGCUACAAAAACAGCUAGACGGAAAGAGGCACCCAGUGAUGCCAGAACCGUGGGACGUGGGACAAAUUUUUACCCUCUCCACGAUGUCCCAGUGA